AUGGAUUGGAUUCAGGAUGCAUUGCUUGAAGACUUGCGCGUGACAAAACAGCACGUACUUCAACAGGGUUUGCCUAUUUUCUCUACGAAUGGAAACGGAGCAGCAACCGAUCCCAAAUUAUGGUCACCGAACUCCGCUACUCUGUCUGACGUCAGACAAAAAUCACGACCUAGCAUAAGCAUGCCGCGCCGUCCCCUUCAAGAAAAUUUAGCUAAACUGGAUCGUAUACUGAGUGAUUUGGACGAAAUGGAUGGAGACUCGGAUGAGUUUGGAUUACAAGACACCAGUCCGUGCAUCAACUGCGAAGUAAAAUCAGAAAAAUUCGAGACGUCAGAAGUGGGCUUACCUGAUGGAACGAAAACAACUGAUGGAGAGGCAAUUGAUUCCAUGUCUCAGAAGACUAAGGAGGCUGCAGCUCAUGCUAGCAAGCAGUUGGAUGAACUGAUGGCCUCGCUUCAACAACUUAAGCAACACCCCCCUACCGGUGGCAAAUUGCCCUACAAUCAGCAUCUGCAACCAACCUCGUCUCCCUCUGCCCAACGUAGUCCCCUGUCACAAAAGGCCUCUGCUUUUGUGGAAGAGCCUGUGGAUGAGGUGACGAAGCCUCGACAGCAAACUCCCACAGAUAAUACUCACUAUCCUCGAAAACAAUCCAGCAGCAAUUCUACAUCCUCACGACCGAAUAGCAGUGAUGUAACCUCGCCACGGACGGGUUACUGUGGUUCCCUCUGCUUACACUGUAAUCAGCCUGUCAUUGGAAAGGUGAUAACGGCACUGGGAGGAGUCUGGCAUCCGGAACACUUCAACUGUGCGUACUGCCGGAAGAAUGUAGUGGAGGAGUUCUUCUACGAGCACGACGGCGCGCCUUACUGCACCGAGUGUCACCUCUCCCUCUUCGCGCCCAAGUGCGCCUUUUGUGGUGAGGCGAUCGUCGAUCGUUGUCUGGAGGCGAUGGGCUACUUCUGGCACCCGGACCACUUCUUCUGCCAGGGCUGCCACACACCCUUCGUGGACAACGCCACGGCUCACGAGCAUCAGGGCAAGGUCUUCUGCCCAAAUUGUUACUACUCCAAGUUUGGCGAAAGGUGUGGUGGCUGUCGAAAACCCAUCACCGACGCAUAUAUAACUGCACUAGAACAACCGUGGCAUGAGGACUGUUUCAAAUGCAAGGAUUGUGGGCUGAAACUGACAGGUCGUAGCUUCUACGCAGAGAAUGGUUAUCUUUAUUGCGAGCAGCACCACCGUCGCAACUUGGGCAUGGUGUGUGCAGCUUGCCAGGAGCCCAUCUCGGGCAGUCGAUGCAUCAAUGCGCUCGGCAACCGGUACCAUCCGCAACACUUCGUGUGUACCUACUGUCUGCGUCAGCUCAGCACUGGCACCUUCAAGGAGCGCCUCGGCAAGCCUUACUGCGACUCCUGUUUUCGCCAGCUCUUCGGUUGA